GAUGCCGCCACCACUCUAACCCCACGCGCACCCCCCCACCACCACCGCCCACCGCCACCACUAGCCCCAACAAGCUCCAUCGACCAGCUCCGCCCCCACACCACCACCCCCCGCGCCGGCCAUGGCUUCCCACCUCCGCCUCCACCUCGCUGCCGCCCCGCCGCCGCUCCUCCACCACCACCACCAGCGCCUCCACCGUCUCCGCCUCCCGCGGCCGCCGCCAAACCCACCCUUCCUCAAUCACCCACCCACAGCAUCACCACCAUCACCCUCCCCUCUGCUCCCCCGCCUCCUCUCCUCCUCCUCGUCCUCCUUCCCGGCCCGCGCGAGGGGGGGCUCCUCCAUCGGCGGCGUCGACGAGGAGGAGGAGGACGGUGAGAUUGAGGGGGAGGCUAGCGGGGGAGUGGGAGGCCUCGUGGGUGAGGACUCGGCGGUGUUCCGGCUCGGCGACCAGCGGGUGGUGUCGUGGGCCUACUUCGGCGGGAUACUCGCCGUCGUGCUCUACGGGCUCAACGUGCUUUGGAUCGACCCGGCCACCGGGUUCGGGACCAGCUUCGUUGACGCCGUCGCCGCCGUCUCUGAUAGCCACGAGGUCGUUUUGUUGCUCCUUACCAUCAUUUUUGCUGUAGUCCAUAGCGGCAUGGCAAGCUUGCGUGAAACUGGUGAGAAAAUAAUAGGGGAGCGAGCUUAUCGCGUGCUGUUUGCUGGAAUAUCACUGCCUCUAGCAGUUAGUACUAUUGUCUACUUCAUAAAUCAUCGUUAUGAUGGUAUUCAGUUGUGGCAAGUUCAAGGCAUCACAGGCAUUCAUGAGCUUGUUUGGCUCUCGUCCUUCAUCUCAUUCUUGUUUUUAUAUCCUUCUACUUUCAAUCUUUUAGAAGUGGCAGCUGUGGACAAGCCAAAAUUACACAUGUGGGAAACUGGAAUAAUGCGCAUCACCAGACAUCCACAGUUUGUAGGGCAGGUAAUUUGGUGCUUAGCUCACACCCUAUGGAUGGGCAACUCAGUUGCUGUUGCGGCUUCCGUUGGGUUAAUUGGUCACCAUCUGUUUGGUGUUUGGAACGGAGAUAGGAGGCUGGCAUCACGCUACGGUGAAGCCUUCGAGGUUUUGAAGAAGAGGACUAGUGUUGUGCCGUUUGCUGCAAUUGUCGAUGGUCGGCAGAAACUGCCGGAAGAUUAUUACAAGGAGUUCAUCAGAUUACCUUACAUCACAAUCACAGCUUUAACUUUGGGGGCCUACUUUGCACAUCCGUUGAUGCAAGCGUCCAGCUACCAACUUCCCUGGUAGCAAAUGUAGAUUGAUGUACAUAUGACACUUAUUUCUGAAACAUUUCCACGAACAGAAACAAAAGAAAUAGAUAUGCAGUGGUUAUACAGUAUGCCAUAUGCGCCUCAUGAUGUUUACACUUUGCCAUUGUAAUACUGGCCUGUUUACUUGUUUGCUAAAUGGAGGGCUACAGAAAGUACCUAGCUGA